ACUGUGGUGGGGUUUUAGCCGUCUUUAGGGUUUAAGCGUUACAUUCUUCUCCAAAAUUCAACCUUUUUUGUUUUUCUUGAUUUAGGGUUUGGGGGCGGCGCCUUUCUUGUGCUUCUAUUUAAUUCAUUCUUUGGUUUUACUGUAUUUUUCAAGUCAGGGGCAUUUCUCUCUGAUUUCGGAAUUGCAUAAGUAAAUAAAUUUGUUUAAAUUCGGAACACUGAUUUGAUCAGAAAUCUUUGAGAAGAAACGAAUUGGAUUGUACUGAGAAAAAAGCAGGAUGAGUUAUCCGGAUUCUACUCCUCCACCACAAUCAUUUUUGUCGCCACCAUUUGCCGGCGGUGAUGGCGGCGGAUACUGGCCGCCAUUCUUGAUGGGAAAUGACCACCAACAGCAGCAGCAGCCUGAUUUGAUCUCACAAUUUGAUCGUCCUCCUCCUUUCAAGAGACCAAGAACCAACGAAAAGCCCCAGAAUUUUUCUCCCUUCCCACAAAUGAAUCCAAGAAUCAAUCCACCAAACAUUCCGGGAAACAAAGGAACCAGCCAUAUAUUCUACAAGACUCGAAUUUGUGCAAAGUUCACGGAAGGCACUUGUCGAAAUGGUGAGCACUGCACAUUUGCUCAUGGUGCUGAAGAUUUACGGGAGCCGCCUCCAAACUGGCAAGAGCUUAUUCGGGAGAAGGAGAGGGGGGCUGGUAGUGGUAGUUGGGGUGAUGAUCAAAGAAUGAUUCACAGGAUGAAGAUUUGCAAGAAGUACUACAAUGGAGAAGAUUGUCCGUAUGGUGACAAGUGCAAUUUCCUUCAUGAACGAGGACCUCCUCCGUUGAAGAAGUUUAAGGUUGAUAUGCCUGGUCAGAGAGAGAGUUCUGCUAUAAGCAUUGGAGUCACAGGGGACGCAAGGGGGAGCAGCACUGAUUUUGAUCAAACGGCUUACUGGAAAACAAAGCUGUGCAGCAAAUGGGAGAUGGGCCAGUGUCCCUUUGGAGAAAGAUGCCAUUUUGCUCAUGGACAGUCAGAGUUGAAAUACUCAGGCACCCUCGAUGAGGCAGAACUGGUGAUGAACGCAGUCCCCGUCCCAAGAAAGGCCGCCUCCGUCUCUGCAUUCAGUACGCCUCCUGCUAAUCCGAUGGUCGCUCCUCCGCUGAAUGUAGAUGGAGAACAGAAGAAGACCUCAAAAUGGAAGCUUACAAAGAAGAUUAACCGAAUUUAUGCCGACUGGUUGGACGAUCUGACGCCGCCUAACUGCUCGCCGGGCGUAGAGGAGAUAUGAGUUCUUGGAUAACAACAAUGUCCAAAACUAGCUGAUGCUGAUAGCAAUACAUGUUUAUUUUGAUUUAUUACACCUCCACAAAGGCUGUCAGUAAUUUCUGGUUUUCUUUCCCAAUUGCCUUUUUGUUCUUGCCCUUUUUGAAUUAUUUGAUUUUUAUUUUGUAAUAUUUGAAUAAGGGAUUCAAUUUUGUUCUCAGUGGAAUAUUCAUUAUCAAGUGGCUGAAAAUCAUUUCAGGUCACCUGGUCAAAGGCUUGAUCCCAUCUACACUAACCUAAUCUAU